AGCCGCUCCGGCUCUCGCCAGACACUGUCCGGCCGCGUGCGUCGCUCGCGCCAGGCCUCGCUCGGGGGGUUGAGCUGCACCUGGCUCCGCCCUGUAGUAGUGGCGGUGCUGCUGCUUUGGCCACGGCUCCGCCUCCGCCGCGCCUCAUGGCUCCAUGGCGAAGCGCGCCCUCGCGGAAGAGCAGCCUGCGCCGGACGCGCCGCUGCCGGCGGCGUGGCAGGCGUGGGUCGCGAGCCUGCGUGCGCUGCUGGCCGACGCCGUGCUCCCGCUGUUCCUGCUCCACUGCAAGCGAGGCCAGCCGCGGGUGCCGGUCUCCUCCGUCUCGGCCUUCCUGCACGCGGCGGGGGGGACGCCCCUGCCUGGCGGCGCCGCGCCCGGGGCGCUGCGGCUGCUCGCGGAGGUCUGCCCGGAGGUCGUCGUCGUGCAUCCGGCCAGCACGGCGGAGCCCAGCGGCGUGGCGAUCCGCCUCGGCCCCGCCGCGGCGAGCAGCAUGACCAUCCCCGAGGACGGCGGCC